UCCCGUAGGUUAGAUGGCUUAUUUUGGUGUGGCUUUAGAUGUACGCUCUGGAAAAAGGAGAAGUUUGAUGUUAUAAGCCUAUUUUCAAUGUUUUUUAAGGACGCUAAACGUACUCUCAACUGUCCCUGUCGUAGCUAAUUUCUAAUCAAUUAGACGGUGUUCUCAUUCUCGGUUCAAUCGUGAAGUGGUGCUGAUGGCAAAUUGAUAUAUGUCGAGUUGCAAGAAAAAAGCGUGAAACAAGUGGCAAAGUGUGAUGAAAAGCUUCGGGAAAUUAGUCCAAUGUUGCAAGCCUUGAGAGGAUUACAUAAAUUUUGUUUUCCCUUGUGGUGGCAUCAGUGAAGAGCGCAAGGCUCCAAGGGGAAGAAAGUGUGAAGGUGACGCACGGUGUUCCACAAGAGGGCACAUUCAGCAAUGUAACGAAGUGCUCCAGCAAAUUGAUACCUUGGCACAACAGGAUAAAAUUGUGUCCGAGACAAGUGGAGAGAAUUAUUUUCUAUUUUUAACCCCCUUCGGAUGAUUCGUGAUCCUGUGGCAGUUAUCCGCAGCAAAAAGUGAAAUUCGUCCGUCGUAGUGUGCUCUUCAGUAACAGUAAUGGAUAUUGCAGCAUUUGCGUCAACGAUGGCCACCAAGGCAAGGGACCGAGCCAGUCAACCAAAUGACCUGACCAGUGGCGAAACGUCCGGUUCGCUCAAUGGAACCAACACAGCCGAUGCUCGAGCGACCAAGCUCAAGUCGUUCAUGGGGAAAACUCCAAGUGCAAUCAAGUCCAAGUUUUUAUCCGUUCUGGGCAAUAGCACUGAAAUCAUCAAUGGGAUAUCGAAUAAGAUUGAUGCGGCGUUGAGUUUAUCAUCCUCGGAAGACACCGAAACAACGGAGCAUCGUAAUCAAGCAAAGGUAGACAAUAUGCUGCGGAAGAAGUACGAAGCUGCACAGCGGACGCAUCCUGAUGAUCACUCCGAUAGUCAUCAGAUCGAUUUUGAACUUCGCCGAGCUAAGGAGAGAAGAGCCCAUGAAGAGGUGCUUUCAGGGCGUUAUAGAAACCCAGCAUUUAGCCAUCUUGCAACAUCAAACGGCAGUAUACAAUCAGCACCACCCGUGGAACGGCCGCCAUCAAACAGUAUUAGCACUGAGUUUAGCCAUAGCAACUAUAGUAAUAAUUCCUGUUCGAUCGACUCGAAAUCACCUCAACCACCUCCUGAUGGAGAUAGUGACCUGGCAGUGGAAGUGACCUCGAAAUCCGUACCAGCAGUGGAAGCAGUUCCGUCCGGUAAGGACUUCAUAAGAGAACCAAAAUUAGGUAUUCCCAGCAGUGCCUCGACUAGCGACAAUGAGUCCUGUGUGCUUAGUGCGACCCUGGAAUCUUCCGAGUUGAAAAUGUGGAUUCGUUCCGAAUCGGAAAACUCUGUCCCAUCGUGGGCUUCAUCAAUCAGUUUAGAUAGCCAAUCAGAAGAAGCCAUUCUGGACUUCAUGAAACGUUUUGUGAAAAUUUUAUUUCGGGAAAGCUCUUCCAUCACAUUGGAGCUCAAGUCAGACUUUGGGCAAUAUGCAAGGACUGAAACCGGUCGACUGUGGUUUUCUCGGUUGGUGAACGCACAAAGGGCAAAGUCCAAACGAGUGGAUGAAUCAACGUUCUACUCGCUGAUUCAGUACUUCGCAAUCGCACUGUUCGAGUGCGCCGAAAGCGAAGACUUCUCACCGGCAAAGACCCUCAUGAACAUGUGCUUUACAUUUUAUCAUGACAUUGAUGUUCCUGGUUGUGAGCCGUACCGCGAGUAUCUGUACACGUACCUUCGGGAUCAGCCGAUCUGGCAUUCGUUACGCUUCUGGAAUGCAGCCUUUUUCGACGCCCUCCAGACGGAGCGCCAGCACCAUCCGGUUCCGCCUACGAAAGUGACCUCCAUAACGAGUACGACGUCCCAGCAGCAGAAUAAAAGCGACGAAGCCACCAGCAGCAAUACCCUCGUGGUGCCUGAAAACGAGCGCUCCUCGUCUACUAGUGCCUGUGAUCGAACGGAUCCUUUCGAGUUGCACGAGGACAAGAAGUAUCAUCAGAAUCUCAGCUUUGGGCAGUUGGGGAGUUUUACGUGCAAUAUGCAUGCAUUUGGCUUAAGUCGUGAACUGUGUUAUGAAUUCCUGAUGAAACAAUGUGUCAUAGCUAAUCUAAACAAUGAACAACAAAAACUACUCAAGGAUAACGUGGACAGAAUGUAUCGCGAGACGGACCCAUGGCGUGAAAACUAGGGGACGAGCAGGACUACAAACACCAAGCAACAAGUGGCUGUUACCAAGUGUUUCAGAAUAGCGAUCUUCUUUUUUUGGCUAUAAUUCACUACAAAGUAAUGAGUUUUCUUCUAAUCUUAAACAAUCGUAUCCUUCAUACUUCAAUGUUAAAUAUUUAUAAACAAAAUGCGUCAAGCAGAGCCGUUCAACCAGUGGUUACCAAUUUCGAGCAAAAAGGUACAGCUUUAUUAAUUGAUAGAUACGAGGAGGACAGCGUUUGUGAUAUAUUUGUGAUUUUAGCUGAGGAGCACCUGUUGAUAUUGUUAAGUUGUUUGUAUUUUUAUAGGCGAGAAAGCGUUCUAACGAUGCAUGGUAGAUGAUUCGUUAGAACACAAAACAAGACCCCAUCCGUCGUCAAGGAACGCAAGUAACUAACUGAUAUAGAUUGAUAAGUAUUUUCUAAACAUUCCUGUCUCGAGAAAGCGGAAAUUGUAAUGCAAAUAUUAGAUUGAAACAAGGAAACAUUUUCUAAAUCGUUUGAUGCGUAAGAGUACGAGUGCAAUGGAAAAGCGGUGUUAAACAUGAUGUGACAAUAAAGAAUGCAGUUGAGGUUGUAAGGCUUGGCAAUAGUUGAAAGAUUUAGUAAGCUUGCGGCGAGACACGGAGUGUCACUAAAUAUUUAAAAUGCUUUUAAGGAAAACCUAAUAGGAGAUAAGAUAAUGCAAUGGCGACAAGCAAUAGUGGUAAGCGGUUAGAGAGCGUACCAGGCCGCGAAAUGAAUUGCGUACCAAGCCGAAACAUGAAAAGUGAUGGUCGUUAAUUUCUACAAAUUGUGUUACGAGUGAUGAUGGUACCAAGAAGAGAGUUGAGAAAUAAAUUUAAAGUUGACCAACUAAUAUUGGCAAUUAUUUCGAUAGAGAAAAAUGAGACCGUUUUGAAGAAAGAUCGCAUACCCAAUUCU